AAACAAAAAAUGUCCCCCAAACUCUCCUUCCACCCGCCCCUCCUCAACACCGCCUCCCCCUGGGCAACCUCCCACGCCCAUCUCGCCGCCCUCCUCCGCUGCCCCUCCGUCGGCGCCGUCACCACCCGCACGAGCCUCAUCGCCGGCUUCCCGCACAAUUCGGACAGCCACCGCUAUGCCCUGUUCGAUCCCGCCACCGGGGCUGCAUCUCCCAGCAUCGGAACGGCCACCUUUUCUGGCCCGCCGGAGGACUCCAACGAUAACGAGGCUGGUCGUGAUGAUCUGAACACUGAUAAGCUUCCGCUUGCAUCGCUCAACACGCUCGGCUACAGCCCUCUCCCGCUAUCGGAGUACCUCUCCAUCAUCUCAUCCCUCGCAUCUUCAUUUUCACCUUCAGCCACCCCGCCUAAAACAUUCAUCAUCAGCGUCACAGGCUCCCCAUCCGAGAUCCUCGCCUGCCACACCCUCAUAUCCUCUCAUUCUUCCUCACUCCCCUUCCCCCUAGCCAUGGAAAUCAACCUCUCCUGCCCCAACAUCCCCAAUCUCCCGCCACCAGCAUACUCCCCCUCCUCGCUAUCCUCCUACCUCGACGUCUUGCCCUCCGAAUCCGCCAUCCCUAUCGGCAUCAAGAUCCCGCCCUACACUCACGCCGGCCAAUUCGAUGACCUCGUGUCCUCCCUUAUCGGCUCCGAAUCAAAUCAUCAGCCGGCCUCCAAGCUCAGCUUCCUCACUGCUACGAACACUCUCGGCUCAUGCCUCCUCCUCGACCCAGCGUCUUCUUCAGACGAUGCACUUCUCCCAGGAGGAGGCAUUGGAGGUAUGGCUGGACCGCCUCUGCAUCCUCUCGCCCUGGGCAACGUGGCGACGCUGCGGCGCAAGUUUGAUGCCGAUCCACGGCUGGCGCGUCUGGACAUCAUCGGAGUGGGCGGAGUCUAUGAUGGUGAAGGGUAUAGGAGAAUGCGCCGUGUGGGAGCCAUGGCAGUGGGAAUCGCAACGGCCUUGGGGAGACAGGGAGUUGGCGUCUUUACAUCCAUUGAGAGCGACAUUAACUCUGCCUGGUAG